AUGAUUUUCUUCCUGGCUCAGACCGGCUUUGGGCUCCUGGGAAAUUCAACGCUGCUCAUAUUGUAUAUCAACAUCUUCAUAUCUCAUCCCCAUCAGAAGAAGUCCACACACCUGAUCCUCACCCACCUGACCAUGGCCAAUACAGUAAUGCUUCUCACCCAAUGUGCCCCCGGAGUAGUGAUGGCCUUUGGACUGAAGACUCUCAUAGGCACCAUAUGGUGCCAGAUCAUCUUGUACAUCAGGAGGGUGGCCAGGGGCCUUUCCAUCUGCACAAUGUGUCUUAGCGUGUUCCAGGCCAUUUUCAUCAGUCCCAACACUUCCCACUGGGCCUGGCUCAAACCCAGAGCUUCCAGAUGCAUCCUGCCUUCCUUCCUCUUCUUCUGGAUUCUCAAUCUGCUAGUUGAUAUGAAUUUAGUUCUAAAGAUCGUAAUAGGCAUUAAGAAUUUCAGCACCACUGUCAGUGUUUACAGAAGUCAGUCCUGUUCCACUGCCAUGCGGGGAAGUGACUUGAAUAACGGUGCUUUUUUAAGUCUCAUGACUAUGAGAGAUCACUUCUCUGUGUUUCUCAUGAGCUCAACUAGUGGCUACAUGGUGAUGGUACUACAACAACACCAGAAGCAAGUCCAGCAUAUCCACAGCACCAGCCUCUCCCCCAAAUCUUCUGCAGCGGCCAAAGCCACCCAGACCAUCCUGCUCCUGGUCAUUUCCUUUGUUUGCUUUUACUGCAUCAACUCCAGCCUCAAUCUGAUAAUGUAUUCUUUGCUGGAGAAUGAUUUGAGGCUUUAUGAUAUGGUAUUAAUUCUGGGUGCUUGUUACACCUUCAUCUGCCCCUUCAUACUGAUCAGCAAAGAUCCCCGGAUCCUUAGCAUUCUGGGCAUCCUUAAAAAGAUGAGAAAUCACUUGUCCCCUGGAUUCUAG